AUGGCGAGCAAUGGUAUGAUCCCUUUCCAAGUCCCAACGCUCAACAAUAGCAACUAUGACAAUUGGAGCAUCAAAAUGAAGGCCCUUCUUGGAGCGCAAGAUGUAUGGGAGAUGAUAGAGAAAGGCUACAAUGAGCCACAAGAUGAGUCAAGUUUAUCCCAAGCUCAAAAGGAUAGUCUAAGAGAUUCAAGGAAGAGAGACAAGAAGGCUCUCUAUCUAAUCUUUCAAGGAUUAGAUGAUGACUCUUUUGAGAAGAUUUCCGAUGCGAAGUCUGCCAAAGAAGCAUGGGAGAAGCUUCAGACCUCUUACAAAGGAGCGGAGCAAGUCAAGAAGGUGCGUCUCCAAACAUUAAGAGGUGAGUUCGAAGCCUUACAUAUGAAAGAAGUGGAAGUCAUUUCCGACUACUUUACUAGAGUCUUAGCCGUUUCUAAUCAAUUAAAAAGAAAUGGUGAGAAGCUAGAAGAUGUAAGGAUUAUGGAGAAAAUCCUUCGUUCUCUAGAUUCAAAGUUCGAUCAUAUUGUCGCCAUUAUUGAAGAAACCAAAGACUUAGAGGCUAUGACAAUCGAGCAACUCUUGGGAUCCUUACAAGCCUAUGAAGAAAAGAAAAAGAAGAAGCAAGUUAUCACGGAACAACUCCUUAAGACACAAAUUAAUUCAGCUAAAGAAGAGGGCCUCGAGUAUGGUAGAAGCCAACAAGGAAGAGGCAAGGGGACGUGGCCUUUUCUAACUUUAGCAAUCAAUGCAGAAUUGACUACUGUGAACAAGGAGAAGCUCGUUUGCUUGGUCUUAUAA